AUGGUGUUAGCCCAGGGGGCUGCUGUAACCCAGGUAGCAGUGGUGGUGGUGUUAGCCCAGGGGGUUGCUGUAGCCCAGGUAGCAGUGGUGGUGGUGUUAGCCCAGGGGGCUGCUGUAGCCCAGGUAGAAGAGGUGGAAUUAGCCCAGGUAGCAGCUGUAGCUGUAGCAGUGGUGGAAUUAGCCCAGGUAGCUGCUGUAGCCCAGGUAGCAGUGGUGGAAUUAGCCCAGGUAGCUGCUGUAGCCCAGGUAGCAGUGGUGGAAUUAGCCCAGGUAGCUGCUGUAGCCCAGGUAGCAGUGGUGGAAUUAGCCCAGGGAGCUGCUGCAGUGGGAGAAUUAGCCCAGAGAGCUGCUGCUGCAGCCCAGGAACCAGUGGUGGAGUUAGCCCAGGGAGCUGCUGUAGCUGUGGCACAGAACUUAAAACAGGUCCAGGGUUUUGCUCAACAUCACCAGCCAGAAGUAUUAUCAUCAAAAGAUUCACAACCCCCAGGAGUGAUCUAG